CUCCGGGCAGCUCGCACUGCUGAGGCGAGGGACGCGCGGGCUGCGCCCGAGUGCUGGCGGGCGGGGACGGGACGUGCGGGCAGCGGGCUCGAGCAGUGAACAGCAGCAGCGCGCCCCGCUGGGCUCCCGGGCACUGGCCCCGCUCCUGAGCGCUCCUGGGCACCGGCUGUGCGGCUGACACUCGGAAGCCAGGACUCCCCACGCCUCCUGCGACGCGCGCGCGCGGACGAGGUCCCCGAGGGACAGGCUACUCGGGGACCGCCGCACGACUGGCUGGAGAUCUAAGGGAACAGAAAACACUCAAGCUGGAUUUUUAAGUCAUUGCACACUAACAAUAAACCACAAGUCACAGAAUGUGAUCCUGUGUAAAACGCUUCUGAAAAAUUAGCUUCAAGCAACAGAGGAAAGAAAACUGGAGGGCCGUUUUGAAAUACUGGUCUAAAACAAACUGUUCUUGUUGGAAAUUACAACUGGAAACUUUUGUCUGGCUCUCAACAUACCCAAAUGAAAGGCGCUGUCAACUUGUUUCUCACAGAGACCGGGAUUAUGUGAGAUUACCUGUUAUCUUAACAUGAUUGCCAGGGGAGGGAACACAGAAGAGUAACUGAAGGACACAGGUCAAGAUGACUUCUGAAGAAAUGGCCGCUUCCGUCCUCAUCCCUGUGACUCAGAGGACAGUGGCUUCUGCCCAGUCGGCAGUGGGAGAGGACAAGAAUGAACAGGUCUCAGAUGCUGGUGCUCCAAAGGUACGCGCUGGUAGGCGCAGCGGCCAGAUCCCCCAGACCCUCUCACGGUGGAACAAACCUGAGGCAGAGACUUCUAGAAGCGAUUUGUCCCAGGUCCUCUCAAUGGCCACAGGAGGAAUAAUGAGCGAUGAGAACCACAAUGAACAGCGCUGGGAGCAAAACCUGCCAGAUUCUGUGAGAAACAGCACCGUCAACUGCAACAGCCUAUUGCAAAGUCACCAGUGUGACCCUCCUUGGAACCAGCUUCGUGGGGCCUGUGACUCGGUCGCAGAAGAGGGCCUGUGUUUGCAAACUGGAAUUUCUUCUCCACUGGAAAGGAAGGCACUCCCUGGAAUUCAACUGGAAAUGGGUGAUUCUCCCAUGGAUGUGAGCCCUUUGGGAAACGAGCCUGGAAUCACGGAGCCCAGCGGACCUCAGCCUGACAGCAACAUGGCAGUCUUUCAUUUCCGUUAUGAAGCGGACGGAACAAUGUCCGACGCUUUCCAUUCCCUGUCAGAAAAAUUAAUUUUGGAUGACUGUGCAAACUACGUUGCUCUUCCUGGGGGGCAGCAGAAGAAACAUUAUGAGGAGGCUUAUACUUGUAAGCUAGUGGAACUGACCAAAGACUGUGGCAAUAAGAACGGGCAGCUGCAGUGCGAACAUUGCAGCUUGCUGCACAGCAAAUACCUGCGCUUUGAAAGCUCCUGCCCGCAGGCUGACGGGGGCUGCUCAGGGGCUGGAUUUUGCAGGGAGGGUUUUACUCACAACCCACCUGCCAAGACUUUCCUGAGCCCUUUCGAGGAUUUCUCUGACAGUUGUGAAGACAUAGACGAUUUUUUGAAAAGCAAAAAGGAACGGUCCACUUUGCUGGUGAGAAGGUUUUGUAAAAAUGACAGGGAAGUGAAGAAGUCCGUGUACACCGGCACCAGAGCCAUAGUGAGAACCUUGCCUUCUGGCCAUAUCGGGCCAGCUGCUUGGAGCCAUGUGGAUCGGAAGAGAGUGAGGCUCUUAGGGUCUUGUGGGGAUGCAAUGGAACCUCUGUCAGCAAUGGAUGUAAGGCUACGUGGGAGCCUACGUCAGUCUGAAGCCCAAUGGUGUCUGAGUCUGGCAGAAAUGCUUCGCAGUUUGGCACAGCUGAAUUAUAUCCGCUUGCCUCAGGUCUUGUGA